AUGUCCCCAACCAAAACCCUGAAGGUCCGAGUGGCCCUCCUCUGCGUCCUGGUGGGCACUGUGCUGGCCCUGGUGGCCGUGGUGACGGACCACUGGGCCGUGCUGAGCCCCCACGUGGAGCACCACAACACCACCUGCGAGGCGGCCCACUUCGGCCUCUGGCGGAUCUGCACGAAGCGGAUCUUCGUGGGCGACAAGGAGAGGAGCUGCGGCCCCAUCACCCUACCCGGGGAGAAAAACUGUUCCUACUUCAGGCAUUUUAACCCAGGCGAGAACUCGGAGAUCUUUGAAGUCACUACUCAGAAAGAGUACAGCAUCUCGGCCGCCGCCAUCGCCAUCUUCAGCCUGGGCUUCAUCAUCGUGGGCACGCUCUGUGCGCUCCUGUCCUUCCGGAAGAAGCGGGACUACCUGCUGAGGCCAGCCUCCAUGUUCUACAUCUUCGCGGGCCUCUGCCUCUCGGUGUCGGCGGAGGUCACGCGGCAGUCGGUGCAGCGCAUGGUAGACAGCGAGCACACGGCCUGGAUCGCGCACUCGCUCGCCUGGUCCUUCGUCUGCGCCUGCGUCGCCGCAGCCCUGCUCCUGAUCGGCGGCCUCGCGCUGCUGCUCCUCGCGCUGCCGCGGAUGCCCCGCGACCCCUGGGAGUCCUGCAUGGACGCCGAGCCGGAGCACUAG